UUGGUGGUUGUGUCUCGUGAGCGGCGCCGGGGGCGGGGGAGUCCCGGAGCGCCGCGGCGGGAGCGGGCGAGGCCCCGGUGGGGCUGCGGAUCCACGCGAGGCCGCGGAUUUGCGGCCUACCCCGGAGCGGGGGCGCUCGGGCACUGCGGAGCUCCGGCGGGCACCCCCGCCACCCCCUGCGGGCACCGCCGAGCCGCACCGGGAGGCGCCUCUCGCAGAUAGAGGUGGGUGAUGCCAAGCACAGCCAUGAAGAAAAAGGUGCUGCUGAUGGGUAAAAGUGGGUCUGGGAAGACCAGCAUGAGGUCCAUUAUCUUUGCAAACUACAUCGCCAGGGACACGCGGCGUCUGGGUGCCACAAUUGACGUGGAGCACUCCCAUGUUAGAUUCCUAGGAAACCUGGUGUUAAACCUCUGGGACUGCGGAGGACAGGACACCUUCAUGGAGAACUACUUCACCAGCCAGCGGGACAACAUCUUCCGCAACGUGGAAGUCCUCAUCUAUGUCUUUGAUGUGGAGAGCCGUGAACUGGAGAAGGACAUGCACUACUACCAGUCAUGCUUGGAGGCAAUCCUUCAGAACUCUCCCGAUGCAAAGAUCUUUUGUCUAGUGCACAAGAUGGACUUGGUGCAGGAGGAUCAGCGGGACUUGAUUUUCAAAGAGCGUGAGGAGGACUUGAAGCGCCUUUCCCGUCCCUUGGAAUGUGUUUGUUUUAGAACUUCCAUCUGGGAUGAAACACUCUACAAGGCUUGGUCCAGUAUAGUCUAUCAGCUGAUCCCCAAUGUCCAGCAGCUGGAAAUGAACCUGAGGAACUUUGCUCAGAUCAUCGAGGCAGACGAAGUGCUUCUGUUUGAGAGAGCCACGUUCCUGGUCAUUUCUCACUAUCAGUGCAAAGAACAACGGGAUGUCCACAGGUUUGAGAAGAUCAGCAACAUAAUAAAGCAAUUCAAGCUAAGCUGCAGUAAGCUGGCAGCUUCUUUCCAGAGCAUGGAGGUCAGGAACUCAAACUUUGCUGCUUUCAUCGACAUCUUUACAUCAAAUACAUAUGUGAUGGUGGUUAUGUCAGACCCUUCCAUACCCUCUGCGGCCACGCUGAUCAACAUCCGCAAUGCCAGAAAACACUUUGAGAAGCUGGAGAGAGUGGAUGGACCAAAGCACAGCCUGCUCAUGCGCUGAGCCCAGGCCCCAGCACAAGGGCUCCCGGGGGGAGAAGAGAUGGAUUGGAACUACUUAUUUUUUAGGAGAAUCUAAUAAUGUGGGUGUGUGUCGGGUUUGAGAUGAGUUGUGCUGCUUUGUUCUUGCUCCCUUUGACGGUGGACACUAGGCUGGAAACACUGCGGACCUUCCAAAGAGACUUCCCUGGCGUGCAUGGGGUUGGGAACCAGGAGGGACAGGGGACAUGCUCCUGGUUGGCACCAUGUACCCGGCAGAGCUGGUUCGGCUGUUUGGCUCCCAGGUAGAAGUGACAGGAACGGAACAGUCACUGUCCUAUUGGCUGGGUCUAGAACACAUUUAUAAAUUUCUCCUUGUCUUCAAGUCAUGAGAAUAAAUUUUUGCUACCAGGGA